AUGUUAUCAAAAAUUUGUUUCGUUACAUGCGUAUUAAUUUUUUCAUUUAACGAUUGUCAUUCGGCCGGACUUUGCGCAUCAAAAUUGUUACCUUUGUUAACUCAACAGAUGAUGGCUUUAAAAAUGGGUAUGCAAUUGGGUGCAUUACCCUUGGGUGCAGAACCACCCUGUGAUUGCGGACCUCAACCCGCACCUUUACCCAUAAUACAAGCUCCUCCCGUGACGGUUCCAACAAUCAUGGGACCCAUCAUUCCUUUACCAUCUCCUCCAAUUCCAUGUCCGAAAACCAUUGCCCACAGGUGCGUGUGUACGAAGACGGUGGUUAAACCUCAGCUCAUACAACGUUGCAUUACAGUUCCUACUAUUCAGAGAUACCUUAAAAGGACUUACACUCCGGUAGUUGAAAAUAUUGCUUAUAGAGCUAAACCAAAAUGUCCAUGUGGUGCUAAAUGUCUAUCUGCACCUCCACCACUUCCGAUUCGUCCGUGCGCAUGCGCUUGUUGA